UUAUUAGUUCAAUUAUACAAGAAAUUAUCAUUAGUUGAAAUAGAUAAAUUUCUUAAAAUCUUUUUAUUACAAUGAGUUUUUAAAGCUUGAAAUUCUGUCAUUUUUAUUACUGAUUCUUCACUAAGAUGUCAUACAAAUUAUUACUAUCCAUUUGUUAUGGACAAACUUGAGAGAAUGAUGCUAACGUAUAUAAUACACCAGACAUAACGAUAGAAAUGUAUCUUUAUAUUAAAUAUUUAAUAAUUUUAUAAGAUUGACGAGUUUAUAAAAUCAUUCUUAAAUGCGAUCAUGUACAAGAAGAUAAAUUAAAGACAACAUAUCACAUUUGUUAGGUUAAAACAACAAAAAUAUUUCGUGGUUUGCAAUAAUCAUUAUCCAUUAAUAAGUUACUGAAAAUAUGGAGAAUCAAAUUCAUUCAGAAUUAAUCAUGAAAGAAGAAAAGGUAGAAGAAGGGGAACAAGAAUUAAGCAAUAGUAUUACAACGACAACUAUUACUAAUAUAACAACUGCUACUGCUAUUGUUACUGAAAGUAAAAGUGGUACAUGUGAUGGAGGAGAAUCAGCAAUUGGUAUUAGACCAAGACCAUUAAUUUGUAAACCGGAAACUGUAAAUAUUGGAUGUAAAUCUGAACCUAUAGAAAAUAAAUGGCAUUGGGCUCCAGGAGCAUGGCAAGAUGCUACUAGAACUAGUGCUUUUCAACCAUAUAAGCCUCCUACUUUACUUACUAAUUUACAAAGAGGUAAUACACAGACAGAAAUACCUCAGCUUUACAGUAAUAGCGAUAUUACAUUUCAUACAUUAGCUGGACAAGGAGAGCUUGCUCCUGAACAAAUACAUCCAAAUACUGUGGAUUCACCUGAUGAAAAAGGUUUAACUGGUCUCAUGUGGGCUGCGGGAUAUGGACAACUAGGUAGCGCAAGACAAUUACUAAAAGCUGGUGCUAAUAAAAACUAUCGUGGCCUUAAUGGAGAAACACCCUUGCAUUUAGCAGCUGCGUAUGGACAUCACGAUCUUGUAAAAUUGUUGCUAAAUCACGGUGCAGACUCAAAUGCAAGCGAUGAGGAAGGAAAUACACCACUGAUGUAUGGCGCACAUGGUGAUCAUCCACAUGUAUGUUAUGAAUUACUGUCAAGAGGAGCUGAUGUUGCAAAACGUAAUAUACACAACAUUAGCGCUUAUCAUGCAGCAGUAUUAAAUAAUUCAUUGACUGGUAAGAUAAAUAUUAUUCAUGAAAUAUUAUAAUAAUUAUUAUACAAAAGAACACUAUAUAUAUAUAUAUAUAUACAUAUAUAUAUAUAUAUCUUUCAGCUA